AUGAUCCCACAACAAUCACUCAUGUACACACCCACCACACCGCAAGAUGAUUACCGAUCAACAACUCCGAAUUUACAAGCUGAUACAAUCACCAAUAGUAAUAAUGAUGACCUAAUGAUAACAUCCUCUUUAUCGGCUGAAUCGCUCGAAGAAGCCACAACUCAAGUCAUGACAGAUGAUCCUAACAUCACGAAAAGUAAAAUUGAAUUAUUAAAUCAUGAUGAAAUUACGGAAUGUCCUCCACCCAUUUCUGAAUAUGCUCCCGAUGAUUAUGAAUCUAAUGUUUACAAACAGGAAAUAAUUAGAACCAUGAGCAACCAAUCAAAUCUUCAAUUAAUCUCCAUUGCAACUGGACAAAGUCUUUUCCGGACCAAAUAUAAUCAAUUAAGAAAAUUCUGUAAAUUCACUGUUGAGACCCAAAAGCCUCUUCCUCCAAUCCCAACUCCCAAAGAACAAUCUGCAUUGUUAGGAUCACUCAAUGAAGAGGUAUUUCUGCGAAUUAGGGCUCAACAACCACAACGUUCUCAUGGUGAUGAUGAUGAAGAAUUUGAAGAUGAAAAUGAUGAACAUGUCGAAGGUGGAGAAGAUGAGAACGAUGACUUUUGGAUUGACGAACAGGAGGGAGACGAUGAGACCUUGGAAAGUGCUGGAGAACAACCACCACUGCGACAACAACCAAGAUUAUUACCAAGACGGGCACCAAUACUCAUUCCUUCACGACGUCAUGAACCAUUUCAUCGACCAUUCCAUCACUAUGAAAACAGUGACGAAGAAGAAGAACCUGAAGAGGAAGAACGCUACACCUUUGAAGAUAGUGAGGAAGAAGAAGAUGAACAAAUGAGAGAUCAAGAAAUGUAA